UUGUUGCAAACUGAGGGAGAACCGCUGGGCGGCGCUACAGAUUAUGUUCACCCACCAAAAACAGACGAAGAAGAAACCUCACCGGAGUGACAGAGGUGUUUGACAGGGAUAAUAUCGGAUCAUGAGUGUCCCGUGUUUAGUUAAGAGGACGGUGUCCAGAUGUUUCUCCGCUGGAUCAGGACUGUUCAGACCAGCUGUUUGCUCUUCAUGUAAACACACAGUCACACGAAACAUGUCAUCAAGGAGACAGACUGACCAUCUACAGAGAACUUCUAGCGUUCAUAGACAAAUGGAGCUUUUCUCUGCACGUGUCAGUGACAUUAUGAAUGAAUCUGAUACAGUAAAGAGACUGAGACUGGAGGUACCACAUCCUGACUUCGGCUUCCGGGCUGGCCAGUGGGUGGAUUUCUUCAUCCCAGGUGUGGACACAGUGGGUGGCUUCUCUAUUUGCUCCAGUCCUGGUCUGCUGCAGAGAGAGGGAGUGAUUGAACUGGCCGUCAAACACACACGCCAUCCUCCAGCACACUGGAUUCACACCAAAUGCUCUGUGGACUCUCAGGUAGCUGUGAGGGUGGGAGGUAACUUCUUCUUUGACCCUCAACCUUCUGACCCCGUGGUGGACCUGUUGCUGAUAGCUGGUGGUGUUGGGAUCAACCCUCUGUACUCCAUCCUGCUGCACGCAGCUGAUCUGCUCAGACAGACUCAUGGUCACAGGUACACUCCGGGGCGCACACACCUGUGUUACAGCGCCAAGAACACCAAAGAGCUGCUCUUCAAGAACACCAUUAUUGACAUUUGUCAUGAGCGACCAGAUAAAUUCUCCUGUGACUUCCAUGUUACCCAGCAGAGCUCUGACAUAGAGCAGGAGUUUCAGCCUUACAUCAUAAAUGGAAGGAUAUCAGAAAAGGAGCUUCAGCGCUAUGUAGAUCCUGAGCACACAUUGUGUUAUCUCUGUGGCCCUCCUCCUAUGAUAGAGAAAGUGAGUUCAGACCUGAAGAAAGUCGGCCUGUUGGAGGACAAAAUCCUUUUUGAGAAAUGGUGGUAGCUCAGAUAUUCACAGCGAUGGAUGCAUCUGCAUCUGCAUCAUCAUAGAAACAGACUGUAAUGGCAAUGGACCAGUAAUGCCUCUGAGAUCAGUUGAAACGCACAACAGACACUGUGUCUGCAUUCUCCACAUUUAAACAGCCAAUUAUCCAGACUCUAUGCCCUAUUUUUAUUAUACCUCAUUUUAAAGAUAUUCAACCAAUUGACCGUAACCAGAGCUGUAAUGUUCUACAUUAUAGUUCAUUUGCUGGUUAACGGCAUAGGCUUCCUGCUUCAAGGGCAUGAUGAAAGAUUGCACUGGGUUUUUAGAGAUCUGUGUAUAAUUAUGUAUGUUGUUUGCAUUUUAGAACACAUAUUUAUUCAUUAAAACUUAAAGUGUUAGGGGCAUAGAAAUCAAAAGAGAUAGUUCACCUUAAAAUA